UGAAAGAAGAAGAGAGGAAAGAGAAUAUUGGAAAGGUGGAAGUGGAGAAUAUGAAGAAGAACCUAUUCUAAUUAAUGGAAGAUUGAUAGAACCUCCUACAGGUUAUUUACAUUCUGUAUUAAUUCAUCACAAUGGAGGGAUUAGCUCUGAGGUGGAAAAUGAGGAGGAAGACAAGGCAAUAAAGACUCAUCAGAAUAAAAUCCUUCCCUCCUUGGAUGUUGCCAAACUUGAAAAAUCUAAUAGUGGAACUAUUGUGUGUUUCAAAUUCAUGCAGCAUAGAAAUUUACAAAAUUAUGGAAAUGAUGAAAUUAGCAUUGGAAUGAAAAGAGGAUUAAGCUUGAAUGAGUGUCGUUGUGCUUGUGCUAACACUUGGAAACUUGAAGAAAAAACACAAUGUAAAAGCUUGCAUUUUGGACGUGAAGAAGGUUUAUGUGAAUUAUUAAGUUCUGAUCAUAGCGGAAAAUCAGAUUUAGUUUUCAACAAAAGCAGUGAUUACCAUUAUGUUUCUUGUGAGAGAAAAUAUUUAUUAAAAACAGCAGAAAAAAUGUGUAGCAACAAAUCAAACGAACAUCAAAAAUUUAAUAAUGAUGGUGUUUUUAAUAAUAACACCGCAACAUCAACAGAAGCAACAAACAUUUUAUUAAAAUCAGAAUUAACAACAAACAAACCAGAAAUUAAUUUAAACAAAAAUUCUAAAAAUUCUGGUACACCAAACAAAUCAGAAUUUAAUUUAAACAAAUCAGAAUUUAAUUUAAACAAAUCAGAAUUUAAUUCAAACAAGAAUUCUGAUACAGCAAACAAAUCAGAAUUUAAUCUAAACAAAAAUUCUGAAGCAACAAACAAAUCAGAAUUUAAUUUAAACAAACCAGAAAUUAAUUUAAACAAAAACAACAUUAAUGUCCAACAAACUUCAACAACAACACAAACAACAACACAAACAACAUCAAUAAAUGUUGUUAUAGAUGUUGAUAAAAACAAUCAACAAUGUUUUGAACGAAUUUCUGGUUUUUCAAUGAAUGGAACUACUACUGCAAGUUUGGAACAUAAUGUUUCUAUAGAACAGUGCAAAUGUUUAUGUGCUAAUUCUUUACAUUCACGUUAUCCUUUUCAAUGUGCUUCUGUCAGUUAUUUUGGGGAUGAACGCGAUUGUGUUCUUAAUUUACAAAAUCGCCAAUCAGCCCCAGAGCAGUUUACUGCAGAACCGGAUCAACAGGUUAUUUGGAGAACUAAAAAACUUCUAUUUAAGCAACUCUCUAUAUAA